UUAAACCUUGAUGGUCCCAGCAUUUGUGAGCAUCUUUAUCUGCUUGUAGCCAUUCUGGUUUGACAGAAAAGGGCUUAGAUUUGUUUGCUGCAAUGAAGAGGAACUAUGAUCUGCAGCCAGGUCCAGAGCAUUAUUCUUGCAUGGUGGAUCUUUUAGGCCGUGCAGGUCAGCUUGACAGAGCUUGGAAGCUCAUUGAAUCAAUGAAGGUGGAGCCUGAUGGUGCAGUUUGGGGGGCACUUCUGGGUGCCUGUAAAAUUCACCAAAACGUAGAACUAGCCGAGAUAGCUUUUGAAAAAGUCACUGACCUUGAGCCGACAAAUAUUGGGUACUAUGUUCUGUUGUCAAAUUUAUAUUCUGAUACAAACAAUUUGCAGGGUGUAUUAAGAGUUCGGAUCAUGAUGAGAGAGAGGAAACUAAAGAAGGAGCCAGGGUGUAGUUAUCUUGAAUAUAAAGGUAGGCUUCACCUCUUUUUGGCUGGGGAUAAAGGUCAUGUGCAGGCUGAGGAAAUAUAUAGAAUGUUGAAUGUUUUAGAAAAUUUAGUAGCGGAAAGUGAUGAAUAUAAGAACCAUUAUCAGGAAAAAAGAAAUGAAGAACUUUUAAUUGCUCUGGGAGUGCACAGUGAGAAGUUAGCCAUCUCAUUUGGACUUCUGAAUACUAGUCCGGGAACAGAGAUUAUUGUAAUAAAAAAUCUGAGAAUAUGUGAAGAUUGUCACUUAUUCAUUAAGUCAAUUAGCAAGAUUGUCAAUCGCCGGUUUGUUGUUAGAGAUGCAACUCGUUUCCAUCACUUCCAGGAUGGAAUCUGUUCUUGCAAAGAUUACUGGUAAAGUAAAUUUCAGGUUUCCACAUUGCAGAAAUUCCUUCAUGGAUCAAUGAUUCCCAGGGCUGGCCAAAGAAGGUUUCUGCCCUCCUGGAAUCAAAGAGGACGAUUUAAGUUUAAAUGUAUUUAUUGAUUGGUUCUAAGAUGUAGGUACGGAUACACAACGUUUUUUCAUGAUCAACUUUGGAUUUCAAAUCAUGUUGCAGAAAAGAAGCCAAUAUCGAGGCCAAAAUCGAAGUACAAGCCACAGAACUUAUAAUGCCAUUGUGUUAGAAAAUCUACACCUUUCAUCAUUUAACUCAUUUUUUGCAGCAUUACACUUCAUUAGUUGUUGCCUAAGGGUAUGAUGCUAGCUAGCAUCGUUGUAUAUAUAGACAGUUUAGUUUAACUUGAUUCCUCUUUUUUC